AUGUAACCAAUACAUGUAUGUGUUGUUGUUUGUUUACUAAAUAUUGAAGUCAAGUGAGGUGUACACAGAUAUCUAAAAAUACAAUGUUGGGAUUCCAAUGAUAAUGGUUAAUAUCUAAACAAGGCCAAGCUCGUGUUUAUAAGGCGGCCUGAUAAUUUUAAGGAGUUUAAAAGUGUGCAAAACAGACUGGCAGUUGCGUGGGGAUAAUAGAGGGCUGACAGAAAAGCAAGAGAGUAUAAUAGCUAAAGUUCUUAAUCACAAGCAAGAUGGCCUCCAACACCCUUGGUUGCUCUGUUUGCCAUCAAGCAGCACUUGUGGGCUGCAUGAAUGAUAAACAGUACUUCUGCCAAUCACAUUUGGAUGCACACAACAUGUUUUCUUGCAACCAAAGUCACAAGCUUAUAGAGAUCAUGCAAAAACCUGAAAAUCCACACAACUGUGUUCAUGUCCUCGAUCAAGGCAUUUACUGUAUGAAACAUGGUGUGCUGUGCUGUGAAAACUGCAAAGCAACCAUGCACAGUCAAUGCAAUUGUGAAAUCAAUGUUGGAGACCUUUUGAAGGAAAAGCCAGAGGUAAUUAGAACGUGCUUCAAACAGCAAGAUAUUCUUAAAACACAGGCCAAAGCUGCCACAAAUGGGUACAAAGCGCUUGAAAAUCAAUUUAAGACUUGGGAAAUGACACUGCAGGAAUCAAUGAACCAUUUAAAACAACUGGUUGGUGAGCUAGAGCAGAAAAUUGACAGCAAAAUCCUAAAAGAGAAGGACAUUAUAACAAAAAAUGCCAAGACUUUAAAAAUGUUGCAGCAACAACUCGGUGAAGGAAUUCAAGGUCUGGAGAUAGCCCAUGAGCUGAAAGAGGAUCAGCCAAAGUUAGAUGUAGUAAAAGCAUUGCUUAAGGCCAAAGGACAUUUGAAAAAGUCUGCUGAACAACUCAAAACUUGUAUUGUUAAUCCAUACACACAUUGCUUGCAAGAGGAACACAAAUUUGAAGCACAGCAUUAUGUGGAUGGCACUUUUCAGAAACUUGCUCAAAGUGUUGAAAAAGUUAGAAAAGACUACGAAGAAAUUAUGAAGUAUCACUUGCAAAACAGCCAAAGUCACAAUGAUCAUGAUUCAAUGCCAUUACCGAUCUGCUGUACGGACCUUGAAACAACCGAAGACAAAAGACCAGUUCAAGACGAGACAACCAGGAAAGAAGAAAUAACCGAAACUGGACAAAAUAGAAGCCAACAAACAAUACCUAGAAUCCGAAAACAAAGCUCAAACCUUGAUGUGUCUCACUUGCAAAGAAUGUUCUCUGAAAACUACGAGUCAAUGAUGAGUCAAAAUGAAAGAGAUCAAUACCAAAGUAUUCCCACACUGACUCAGUGUUGCAUGAAGGUACGGACAGAAGAAGAUAAACAUGUUUCAGCCAUAACUGGUUUAUCUGCAAUAGAAAACAAUGCUUAUCUUGUUAUGGCAGAUUAUCAGAACUCCACACUAAAACUGUUUGCCACCUGUGGAAAUCUGGAGUGUGAAAUCAGGUGUGAAGAAAUACCAAGAGAUUUGGCAAAAAUUGAUGACAGCACAAUUCUUGUAAAUUUUCCAAUGGCAAAGAAAGUCAGAAUACUAAAGAUUCAGUUUGAGAAGAAUACUGGAAAAAAGCAAAUGGUUUUUGAUGAGCAAAUCAUUCAAACUCAUGCUAAGUGCUGUGGAAUUGCUUACUUCAAUGAGAAGAUCUACAUUGCUACACAACUUCCCCAUCAGGUUUUAAUUAUGAACCUGUACGGAAAACUCCUUUAUACCAUUGAAGGCAAAGAGUUGUUCGAUCGAGCCACCUACAUAGCAAUAAAUCCAGAGACUGGUGUUAUCUACAUUUCAGAUCCAAGUAAGAAAAGUAUCAUAGGAAUUGAUGACAAAGGCACGAAAGUGUUCCAGUACGCAGUUGAUGCACCACACGGACUUACAUACGCCGGCAAUAACAAGCUGCUUGUUGCAGACUGGACAAGCGGAAUACACCUAGUGGACCUCUCCAAUGCCGCGGGAAGCCAUGUUGGCGAUUUGAAGCUUAAAGACUGUCUCUGCCCCCAGAAGAUUGUCUAUGAUCUAAGUAACAAGAAGCUGUUUGUCACUCAGUGGGAUUGCAGUGUGGUGAGGACCAUAUGCCUUGGAAACUUUUGAAGUGCACGAGUGAUGUGUUAACAAUAAAAGUCUACUUUAAACAACAUUUAAUUGAGCAAAACUCUAUGAAAAUGGGGUUAACACAUGACUGUGUUACACACACUUUACACAUUGUGUGUAAAGUGACUUCCCAGAUAAGCCUGUGUAGUUAGCACAGGCUAUUCAGGGACAACACUUUUUGCAGAGACAGGAUUUUCAUUUAGAUGAGAUUUACUUAAAAAGAAAGAUUCCUUAAAAGCAUAAAUAGUUAUUCUACAUUAGCCUGUGUGUGUUGCACAGGCUAAUCUGAGCGCCACUCAAUGCUAUUGCAUUAAGCCAUGUUUAUCAGAGCGCGCCUCAAAUGGUUUCUGCAUGACAAGUUUACAUGACCUUCUUGCACAAGCUGGUUAGGCCUGGUCCUUUAUGUUUAAUUCAGAUGUUAAGACAAUUUUGGAGGAACAGGCCAUAGUUUUAUAUAACAUAACUUUUUAACUUCUAAUAGACCUUUGAUACUUAAAGAGCACUGACUGGUUGAUCAUUUUAAAAAGCAGUUGUUUCACAACAAACAUGUGCAUUUCUUCAAGAUUUCCCUUACAGUGUGCUGCAGCCCGUCAGAAAGUAAGGUUAUCUGAGUUAGUUGUAGACUGAACUGGAAACAGGCAUUGGACUUUCAUGAUACAAACAAACAAGAAAUAUCUUUAAGCAAGAAUAUGGCCAAGCAAUAUAUGUCCCCUACCGGCUCCACCAUUGUCAGAUUUUUUUUUUGACGUAUACAUAGGAACAAAAUGAAAUGAUGUGCAUAAUGUCCAUAUUGCCAUCUAUCCGUGUUUCAAGUUUCAUGAAAAAAUAUGAAGAACUUUUUAAGUUAUCGCUGGAUCCAGAAAAGUGUUACAGACAGUCUGACAGACGCACAAUGCGCAAACCAUAAGUCUCUUCCGGUGAACCCGGUAGGGGACAAAAAGAUGUACGGCGUUGAUUGUGGUCGAUGUUGAUGAAUGAUCAAAAGUUGUAUCUAUGAGAUCAAAAAUGCCUUUUUUCUGCGCAGUUCUUAGCUGCAUUACACGCAAAUCAAUUACGGGAUUUUGUGCCAGAUAUUGUGGCUUAUUUUUCUUCAUUAGAUAUUAUUGAUCAGAUAUCUAUAUUUACAGAAUAGAAAAACAUAAGAAGAAUGAAAAUAAAUGAAAGCACAUAGGUCAGCCGGCAACACACGAAUCAGUCGUACAUAUAUAACAUAUUUAUAUGCGCGUUCUUCGAACAGACCUGUUUGUGUGGUUUGUCGGACAUUGUUAUUUGAUUCCAUUAUUAUUAUAGUAUUGUGAAUCAUCACGCUCAUGAUUAAUAAAUUGGUCUAUAUGGUUGAAUAUUUAUAAUAAAAUUAAUCAAAACUGGUACUUUAAUCAUGCAAUUGUUGAAAACACAUGAAGAAUCUAUGAUUGAAAUACCAUAAUAAUAUCUACAAAUAUCUUCAUUUAAUAUCUUUCCUUUUAGUUCACCCGAUAGCGUUUAUAUAACGAUUUCUGUAACUGACCGCGAAUUGACCUUGAUACCUUGCGGGUUGGAAUGCAAUGCAUUAAAGUGAGAUUAUGUUUCCACUGCUGUAACGACGGCUUGUUUAAAGCUUGAAACAUUUACUUGUUUAACGGUCAAUUUCGAAAACAAUUUUAAAUAUUUUCAAAGCGUGUAUCAGGUUAUUGAACAACAAUACUUAUUUGAUAUAAAAUUUAUGAGUGCACAUACUGCAAUAUUGUAGUAAUUACCAAAUAUGAGAAAACAGCCUUUAAGUACAAACGCUCUGUCGCUGACUAUCUUCUAAAUAUAAAGGGGCAUGCACAAACUGUAUUAAUGGCGAGAGUUGAGUGUGAAACUGCUCUAUCUCUCAAGCCUUAUUAUUAGAGAUACAAUUGUUUCAUGCUGAAUACCCAGUUAACAUCUUUGCUAAACUAACUGCAGUAUCACUUUUCAUACCAUAUACUUCCCAAAAAUAGAAAGUUGAUUGAAUAACAUAUUAAUGUAAAUGUGAAAACUGUUUGUAGAAAGCAUGUUUUCUACUGCAAAAAGAUUCAGGCCUACUGGCAGGAAAUUUUAUAUUCAAAUUGAUUGGACACUUACAAAGGUCAGGUGCAGGUGAAAAGCUGGCGUAUAAAGCUACGCCAAAAAACUUUGAGUGCAGCAAAACAUAAGCACAAAUAAGCAAUGACACUAUUCCAACCUUUCUUCAUUGGACCAAUCUUGUUUUUAUUUAAAUCUAUAUUUAACACUAUUAUGUAAAACUGGAAUCAGACAAUAACCUUGGAAUCAACUGUGUUUGCAACAAAGUAUUAUGUGCAGUUUUACCAGUUGUAUUUACUAAUGUUAACCAAUUAUGAGUAAAAUAGACACUAGUAUAAUAUGAUUGCAUCAUUUAAAUUGAUUUUAAUACAAAAAAGGACACUUGAUUGGAUUAUUUUAAUUCACAACAAAAUGUAACAGCAUGCAUGUUAUUUAAUAAUACAGUUAAAAUGAUACCAAAUACAAUCACCAUAAUAAAUGAAAAGACAUUUUAAAGUGCUUGUGAUACGAAAAGUAUUGACAAAAUAUUACAAAAAUACCUUCAAAACAUAAAAUGAACAGUUUUGUUUUCCGAAAAAUCCCCAACAUGAUGUUCAAGUUUGAUGUCUUAUUCCAUAUUCACUUAAUGCAAUAUUAUCAAAAUAUGUGUUGUAUUUGUUUAUGUAUUUUCUUAUAAACAUGACACACUGUGUACAGAAUUUGCCUUUUAAACUUGUUAUGUUAAUGUGAGGACAAUGAUGAUGAUAUUUUAACACUGAACUGAACUUAUAUUUAAAAGUUUCAGUUCACAAUGUUUAUGUUAUUGUGUACACAAUUCAUGACACAAAACGAUAAUAUAUGACUGUAAUAGUUAUUCAAUAAUUGUUUAUGUCUUUUAGUGUAUUUGCUUCUUCUGGAAAAUAAACAACAGUGGCAUUGUAA